AUUCUCUUUUGAACUGAACUUCCUGUUUCUCUAUUUACUGCCAACAUCAACUCUACUCGAGCCACCAAGACCAAUGUUUCCUAAAUAUUGAAUUUAAAUCAUUUUGGUAAAUAUACCGAACGAAUAAGAUACUUUUUUACUUCUAGAUAAAUUUUAGAAGUAAGGUGUAUUUAUAAUAUUUCUCGGUUACCAUCUUCCUCUAGACUCCAGGGCUACACUAAUCACUAAGCUAGAUCUAACUGUUCAGUGAGAGUUGAGUGGACUGCUGCAGAAGACUUUUUUUUUUUUAGAGAAAAAGUAAAAGAAAGGAGUGAACUGGUCGGUAAAUUGAGUAAAGUAUGUAAAGUCAGUGAGUAAAGGUCAGUAGUCGUAGAAUACUAGAGUACAUCAGUAAAAGAAAAUAUGACAAUAAUGGCUGUCCUAACCAUUCAGUGAGAGUUGAUUGGACUGCUGCAGAGGACUUUUUUUUUUUUUAAGAGAAAAGGUAAAAGAAAGGAGUAAACUGGUCGGUAAAUUGAGUAAAGUAUGUAAAGUCUGUGAGUAAAGGUCAGUAGUCGUAGAAUACUAGAGUACACCAGUAAAAGAAAAUAUGACAAUAAUGGCUAGCAGUACCAGUUCUAGUUAGUACUGGUAUAUUUAAAAUUAUUUAGGCUUAGGUAUGCUGGUAUGCCAGGUAUUGGCAUGGCAUGGUGAAUGUAGGAGGCUUUUCUGCCUUUAAGAUUAAGAAUCAAUGUCAAAGUAUCCUAUCUGCACAUGGCCCGGUAUCAUCAAAUAAAGAGACAUUAAAGGGAAAAGAUCUGAAAGUGUGAAAGGGCAGACUUUAAAUUCAAAGGGAGUCCCAGGUAUUACAGUACAACCCAACAGGGAUGGGGUGGGGCUUGAAGAAAAAAAGAAUGUAAAACAAAAAAAAAUAUUUGAAAGUUAAGUUAAAUUGUAAUGUACAUUGUACAGGCAGGUGAUAAUAUCCUAUUUUGUUAAAAUACUUUUAUUUGCAAUGCUAAUAUUUUUAACCUUGUCAAUAAAAGCCAGGCCUAAAUUUGACAAUUUAUAAUUACUUAACUAACCUAUCAGUAGGAGUAGGGUUAACCAAAUAUUUACAAAUGCAAGAGUAUUUUGAUAAUUAUUUAGUAAUAUUUUAUUUUUAAAGUGAUUUUUAAUAAUAUUGUAAAGAAUUGAUAAAUGAAAAUAAAUAUUUGAGCUAGUAUUAAAUAGGAUGCUUGCUGUCAUCUGGAUCUUGAUCUUUUCACUUAGAGCAACCUCAGCCUCAAUGACAAUAGCUAAAAAAUAUAUUACUCUAAAUGGGUCCAUCCAUAAAUGACAUUACACAUGUUGCAUGUAUUAGAUGUAUUUGUGAUGAGGAUCCCUAAUUUAUGUGAAAAUUUAUCAUGACCUUGGCAGAGGGAUAAAAAAAAACUGACAUCAUUUAUAAAUGACCCCAUUGACAAAAGAUGGCUGGAACUUAAUUUUAUUUUUAGUUCAGUUUAAUUUUUUUAGUACAGAGAAUUUAUUUUAAUAAUAAAAUCCUUUUACAUUAAUAAUGAAAUAAGUUGAUUCUGUAUAAAACAAUUUAACAAAGAAUUUUUAAAAAUUUUAUAUAAUAUUUUAAAUUUGUAUUGAAUCAGUCUGGCAGACUACUACUUUCAAAGAAACUUGGCUACUUUGUAGUAGUAUUUGUAGUAUUAGUACUAGUAGUUUUACUAAGCCUAUACUAUGUCAUGAGUUUCAAUAUGAAAACAAGCCUGUUAGUGUACUAAAUAAUGCCAAAUCAUGCAUUUUUAAAUUAAACUUAAAAACCAACAGUAAAGAUCCUAAGUUCGUAAUAUGUGUGAUAGUCUCAGGAUCUGUGAAAGUCUCAGGCUAAAAUUUAAUAAUCACAUUGUAAAAUUAUAAUAACUGCAAGGUAAAUAGUUUGUACCCGGUAGUCCUAAUCUAAUAAUGAAUUGUUCUAUUUUAGGCUUAAUUAAAUGACUUUUUUCUUUUCAUCUUCAUCAGAGAUGACGUUUAGAAAGAAUGAAUGAUCUGCCAGGCCUAUGUUGACCACUCAAGUAUUUAAAUGAUAUUUUAAAGAAAAUCAGUAUGUCUUUGAUUGAAGGCAUUGGCGAUGAAGUCACUCUUAUUCUGUGCCUUUUCUUCUUGGGUAUUGUUCUGAUGCUGGCAUGGAUCUCGACACACACUGCUGAUAUUCCACUUCUUCGAGAAGUAGGGGUUAUUGUCGUAGAACUCAGCCAAAGAAGAAGCAGAACACGAAAUAAUGAUGCUAGCUCUAAUGUGGAUGGGGCCAGAAAUACUGAUUCCAGUGAAAGAACAUCUUCUCUGACAGAGCAACAGACCGAAGAACAUUUAGAAAAUGACACUAUUGCCUUGACUAAUAGUAGAGAAGAAAAUACAAAUAUUGAAAGUGCUAAAGUAAAUAGCCAAGAUGGUAACACAGCAGAGACAUCCUUUGAGAACUCUAGUAUUCAGACAGAGGCCUCUGAUGUGCCACCAGUUACUGAUUUUCAGUUAAAUGUUCCAAGAAUACAAGAAUCUGAAUCUUUUUCUCAAGUACUGGGAAGACAAAUACAAAGGUCUGAUGAAUUGAGUAAUCAAGAAGAAGCAGAGAGUCUAUUUCCAAAUGCAUCUGUUGUUGUUGGAGAAAACAGUGGCUCUUUCCAUGUUUUGAAUGAUGAACUUUCAACUGAGGAAGAAUUGCGACGAAGGAGAGUGCAGUAUUUUCAGUCAUCUCAUUUGAAUUCACUUCCAGAAGAAACACAUGUUUCAAAACCACUUUCAGGUGACAGCGCUGUUACUUCUAGUCUGCAAAAAGCAGAACACAUUAAUAAGAAUAAUCCAAAGUCUCAGUCUAGGGAUAAUUUGAUUUCGUCAAAUCUAACUGACUCAGUAAAUCACAAUGUGAGUGCUUCUGAGCAGAGUAUUCAUGAUGAGGACCAUUCACAACCUCAGUCUCCUGAUGUCACCACAAGACAGGCGCAGGAAGAUAACACAUCUAUAUCAAGAAUCCGUGUUAAGCUUAAGUACAUGAAUGAGACACAGAGGCUUGUAUAUGCCAGCCCCUUAGAUACAAUAGGAGAUUUUAGAAGGUAAUGUCUAAAUGCUCUCCUCCAUUACAGUAAUAGAAUACAUUGAACAUCAUAAAUCUUAAACGUUUUGAUAAACCAUGUUGUUCAGUGACAUAUCAAAAUGCACUCAUGACAAUAGUAUUAUUGUUAAUCACAUUAUCACACAUUUUUGCUUUUAAAUAUUGUUGGAAUAGGAGGCUGGCUUAAAUAUUGAAGAAAAUCAAAUAUUUUGAAUAAUCUGCACUGUAUUAAAAGCUGCAUAAUAUUACUUUAAAAAAAUAUUAUGAAACAUAAACAUUAAAGGUUAUAAACUUUUAAAACUAAAUAGCCACGAAAUUUUGAUUUUAGUGUUUAUUUGUAUAAAUAUGUAUAUAAAAUUUAGCCGUUGAUGUCAUUUCUCUGUAACAGGACUAAUUUUCAAGCUGAACUGCAGGACAACAAAUGGGUUCGUUUCAUUUAUAAUGGACAAGAUCUACGAGAUGAUGCUCGUACUCUGCAAGCCUGUAAUAUCAGUGAUAACUGUACCAUGCAUUGUUUGAUAACUUCCCCGACUAGGACAGCGACAUCACGAGAUUCUGGUCAUGAAGAUGAAGAUGACUCCUUCAUGGGGGCAUUAAUGUAUCCUCUCUUCACGGUUAUCCUUUUGAUUGUCUGGUAUUGUAGAUUUACAUACAGGUUAGUCAUGUUUCUAAGCUGCAAUUAAUUAUUGUAUAUUAUACCAUUUGUAACACACUUGUGUAUUAAUAUAUAAAUCCUUUUCUAAUUUCUACCCAAUAAUUGUAUAUCUCUCUAUCUGUAACAAACUAGUACGGUAUAUUAAUGAAUAAACCUUAGUUUUAUCAAUUCCUAAAAAAAAUCGAAGUGGCCAUUCGCACCCGGGUACCAGAAGUGAGAGUUUGGGAUUAAAAAGCUAUUUAAAAUAUUAUAGUACAGUUGGGUUUGUAAAUAAGCUUAAUUCUAGGCUUUUAGCAUUUUAAAAAAUAAUUAUUUUCUUGCAAUGCUUUAGGGGAGUUUUUUAACAGUGAAGGUGGAAAAUCUUCUCACCAAGCUAUGUAUAACACAAAAUUUAGAUAAAAUUGAUCGUUCCUUCUAACCAUUUAAGUUAACAUUAAGUUAACAUGCAAUAUGCAUUAUAAUAUUUAAAAGAAACAUUAUCUUGUCCAAAUGUAUUCAGAAUGACUAAAUGUUACUAACAUAUUUUAACAGACAAUACUUCAGCGCAAUGAGCACAGUCUGUUUGAUAGGAAUAACAUUUCUGCUGGCACUCAGCUAUGUUUCUUCAUUACGCGUAAGUGAGCAGCCCCCACGGCAGAGCAUGUCUCCAGCAGUUGGAAGUAGAGCACAACACACCCAUGAACAUGCAGAGUGAUAAUUAAUUAAACAUUAAAUGGAAUAGUCACAUUGACGAGUUAUGUAGAGUACCUUAUUCUAAAACAUUUCUAUUACUCAAAAUUCUUUAGUGAUUAUCUUCUGGGGCAUAUUUUCCGUCUAAAUACAAACCAUUUUGUCUUUGUUCUAAACGUACAAUAAUUUAGUGGAUAAAUAAAAAAAUUUGAUUAUUUGAAAAAAAAGUAUUUAUUUUUGAAUAUGUACAAUUUAGGUUUUUACAAAAUUGUACCUCAGUCUUAGUGUUACCUAGUUUGUCACUAAAAAUAUGAUACUGAAUAAUUAUUAUGCAUUGUCAUGGUGAAAUAGACCUAAGCUUUUAGGAAUAAUCAAAGUAUAUAUAUAUAUAUAUUAUUGUAUUUUACUCUUGAUUUUUUAAUGGCAAAAAUCACCCACUGUUACUGAUAAAUAAGAUACUGGGAAGCAAACAUAUUUUUCUUGGGUGAAGGCUUAUUAAGUUAUGAAUAAUUUUACUUUAUCAAUUAUUUUUCAGGUUACAAUUUGUUAAAACUAGAGUAGGUUCUGGGUAUUUUUAACCACUGGAUUUCAAUCAGUUACCCCUUAAUUUAAAUGAUUUAAAUUUAUUUCUUGAGUCAACAUUUUUGUGUCUCUUGAUUGAACUAAAAUAAAAUAAACUGCAAAUAAAGUUUGAUAAUUUUCAAAUUACAGGAUUUCUUUCUUGUUCUUUCAUUUUUUAAAAAGUAACUUAUUGUGUUCUUUGAUUUAAGCAUUGAGCUAAUUGUUUCAUUGUAUAUUGCAUACAUUUUAAUUUUGUUCCCUAACUUAUCCAGAUUCUUACUUUUCCUUUCAAAGAGAUUUGGCUAUUUUUGAAUAAACUAGAUCUCUAUAAAAAGAAUUAUGUUUCAACAUUAUGUUUUUCUUUAAAUAGAGUGCGAUAUUUUAUCAUUAUGUGUUUCAUCUUAAAAAUUUAUCUUUGAAACAGCUUUUUAAUCGCACAAUAACUUGAAUAAGUAUUUAUGAUAUUAAAUAAUGAUACAAAUAUGAAAAAAGCUGAUUCAUAAUAUUUUUUAAUGUAUGAAACGAAAUAAUUUAAAUAUAUGAAAAUGAAUAAGGAUAAUCAGAGAUAUAUUGAAGCCAUGUUGGUUGAAAAUAUACACCUUUGUAAUUUUCCACCUUCAGGUAAAUGUAAUUUAUUGCAUGUAUAAAUAAAUGUUAAAAGUAAGAUUGAGUUUGAAAACAAAACGUUAACAAACAAACAAGGUUAUUCUAUUCUGAGAUUUUGUUUUUAUUAUUAAAAAAAUGGCUGUGAGGUGAAUAUAUUUUUCCAAGAAAGAAAAAUCUUGCAUGUUAAUUAGUUUGAAAAACAUUGGUGUGUGUGAAAAUGUGUUUAAUGAUAUCCAUAGUUUAUCAAUUAUGUUUUUUUCCCUUCACUUUUAAUAUCUUUUAAUGGAAUAUUAUCUACUUAAUUUUUUUUAAUAGGAAGCUUAUGUGCAAGUUAUCUUUGCUACAUCACUGAUAAUUUUUUCAAGUGUUUAAAAAAUAAUAAAAAUGUAGAAAUAGGUGAAGCUGAUAUUCUAAGUGUUUACAAAUUAAAUAAGUUUAUUAUAUUUUGAGGAAUCUUUUUGAUACAAAGAAACAAUAAGUUAAAUUGGUCAAAUAAGAGAAUCUGUCUUUUUUGUUGUUCAUACUAUGAUAAUCAACCAUGUUUCCUGUCAUAAUUAUUUUUAUAAUUCAAAUUUGUAUAAUUAUUUUGAAUAAUUGUAGUUUUUUUUUUUUUUGGUGCUAAAUAAUCAGUUAAAAAUCAUUGACAACUCACUUUAGGACUUAAAAAACAUAAAAUAAAAAGAUUUGUCAUGUUCUCCAGUUUCUCAAUUGAAAUGUUUUACUAUUAAUUUUAGAAGAAUGUUCUUUACUCCUGGUGUGUUAGAUUUUUGUAAACUUCUUGCCAAGCUUGUUUGUUAUGAACAUUGUGAGUUGGUUGAUGAAGGGUUAACAUUUUCCUGACUUUUAGUGGGAGUUCAUAUUGUGGAGAUAAUCUCAAGAUUAUUGAUUUAAUAAUUUUGCCUCCACUCUAUAAACUCUAUAUUUAAUCUUAUUCAUGUGGUAAUGUUUCUCUUUUGGAUAUUUUCAGUGUUAAUGGAGAUUAAAAAGUAUUUGUUUUCUUUCGAACAGUUAAAGUGUAUUGUCUUCUUUAUGGUUUAUACUAGCUAGCUCUUGUGUUUGUGAAAUUCGACUUGCUGCCUUUCAAUUAAGUUAUUUAAGGAGCAUAUUUCUUUAUCAAAAUUACAAGCUUUUUAAAUUUUAAAUUUAUUUAAAGUGUUAAAUGGAAACAUAGAAUUGUCAAUUUAUCAGGAGACAUCCACAGUAAUAAUAAAUGAAGUGAAAUCAUGUGUAGAAUUGUGGUCAAUUCUAUAAGUAUUUUUAACCUUUUCUUUUUUUUUAAAUGAUGCAUAGCCAGCCUAAUGAUAUUUAACCAAGACACAUUCACAACUUCAAUGCAACACCCACAAGUAUAAAUUACUGAUUUUGCAUGGUUUAACUUAAACCAUACAUAAUUAAUGGUUAGGUUGUUGAAGAAAAAUCACUUUUUGUUUUAAAUAAAAUACUUUUUGCACAGUUUAUUUGAGAGAUGUCUUUGGUGUGAUGUGAAGAAAAAGUAGAUUUAAAAUAAUAAUCUUAUUAGAUAAAUCUGCUUGAAUUGUUACAUGUUGAAAUGUGGCAUUUUGAAAUGUACCUUUUUGUUCGUUGUCAACAUUUUUUGUUUGUUUUACUCAUGAAACUGAGAUUGACGUUUCAUGCCCAUCUGGGGUAUUUAUUGGUCCUGUUAAUUAACUAGCUAAAUGCCAUGGACAGUUUUAUUAUUAUAUUUCUGUUGCUAGUUUAGGUGAUUGCUCUUUAUUGAAUAAAUCAUAAAAGGUUUAUGCUUUUAAAACGAAUUUGACAAAUUGAUUUCAGUUUCUCUUGUUUUGUACACCUAAGUGAUGCACCUAUUGACAUUCAAAUGCUUCACUCCGUGGUAAGACCC